AUGGCACAACAAGACGAAAUCGAGCGUUUGGCUCGUCGUUUGGCUCAGCUUGAGAAAAAGUCCAAUGCAGAGAUUAACGAUUUGAAAGAAAACCUCAAAAAAGCACAAGAAAAGUCCAAUGCAGAUAUUGUCGAUCUGACAGCAAACCUGAAACAAGCACAGCAAGCCUUGGAGGAACAUGUUACGCAAUCGCAGGAAGAGCGAACAUCCUUGAUUGGUUCAAACAGUAACCGUUCGCAAGCCACUCGUGGUGAUAUGUGGCAUGUCAUUGGAGACAAGGAAAUCGACGAAGCGCCUUCGAAUGCUUUCAAGCAGCCGCAAUUCAGACUAUCUAAUGACCUCUGUUCAGUAAUUUGUGCAACCUCAUGGAAACGCCUUCCCUUUUGGCUAUCAGUUUUGAUCAUUGCGGGGUUUCAACUAACAUUGUUUGUGUUGCUGCUUAUUGACCGCGUUGGUUCGAAACGUUGGGUAGACUUUGGUGGAGAAUGCGACGGAAGCGACUUAUUUUGUCGACAUGAACGCCCGCUUGACAUGCCCCCAAAUGUGGAGCCCUUGGUACGAGGAGCACAGGCUUUAUGCCUCAUCAUUGCGCUGUACGAUCAAGAUGACAUUCGCGAUGGACUUGAAGGAUUUUAUGCUGGCAUUCCAGUGGACUACAAGGGGAGCACCCAUUUUCGAAACAUGACUCGGUCUCGGUGGAACUUGAGCUGUUUCUUCCGAAUGCUGCAGGGCAUUCUGGGUGUAUUAUGCGCAUUUGUAUUGCUCGUACAAGCCGAUACAGUGUUUGACGUGCUUCUCAAUUUCCUCGGUGUCAAAUUUAUUUCAGAAAUGGACAAAUUGGCAUUUCAUAUUGCGCUCAAAGGGUACUUUGGAACUUCCAUGCAGGAAGUGGCGGAGAACGUGGCUGAAUCGUACUUUCGACGCGAAGAAGACACUCGUCUUUGGAUACAUCGUAACUUUCAUGUGAUCGUAAUGCUGGGCAUGUUAGCAGUAAUGAUUGCUUGGUUCGCCCAGCUUGCGUUUCUACAGGCCAGUGGUACCUAUUUGGUUCAGGAUUUCUAUGUCAGCUUUGGAGCGGACCCUUUUCUUGCCUCGUUCAGUGGAUGCUAUGUAGCAGAUGGUCUGAUCAAUAAUCGAUUGUCAUAUUCUCAAAUUGGAAGUGAGGCCAAGUUUGGAUUUUGCGAAGAAAUAGACAAGCGCGAAAAUGGAGGAGGAUGGACUCUGUAUUUUGGAUCGUCGCCGUGUCCUUCUGAUUCUUAUUACAACGAGGUCUUGGCCAUAUCUGAACCGACGAGGUCCUUCGACUUGCCUCUGUUGGAUCCCGCAAAAUGGCACAUGCCCACGAAAUGGGACAGGGCGUACGCACCAAUUGAAGUGGUGCGCUUUGAUCCUGGUGUAUAUUGUUCCAUCACUCUAGAAGAGCUGCACUACUUUCACGAUCCAUGCAUUGCUUUCAAUGUAACCAACAAAAAUGGCCAGAAAACGUUUGAAAAAUUGGUGACUGAACCGAGUGAGGAAUAUCCUUGUCGAGACCCCACAACCUGUCGGUCCAUCUAUGUUAGCAGACCGGAUGCUGAUGGUUAUUCUGGUGAUAUCGACAUCAUUUACUUUACUGGUAAUUCCUGGGCGUACUCUGGAGCGGCAUGGGAUUUGAAAAUUGAAUAUAGUGGGGAAGAAUUAACGAACGAUGACAUUCGAAGUUUCUUUUACAAGGGAGAUGGCUUCAGGAUGGAGACUCAUUUCAAAUACGGAACCACAAGGUACAUUACACUGCCUUGGUUUAGGAGUCACUUGCCUUUCGAUGAAUCUUGGUAUGAGCCUCUGCAUCAUUCCAUUGUCUACCACAUGAGCGAGUCGGAGAAUCUUUUUUUCUACCUCCCCUACGCAAAUCUAGAGAAAGAAGCCGAUUUGAAGUUUGAGUGCGUGGCUGGCAAUACAAGAACGUAUACAGUAGGUUGCUUCCAGAACGAAUUUUCGUUUGGUGAUGCUGCGUGCCUGUGUAGGGAGUCCAUUCCAGAGCGUUUUGAUCUAACAACUCCACGGGGUUUGGCAGUUCAAGAUAUCAUGAACGACCGCCGUACAAUUGAAAUGUGCGCGGAAUUUGCAGCUGAUGACAGUAGUUUGGUGGUGAGAGGUCUGAUUCAGGAGAGAUACGCCCUCGCCGUGGUGAAGAAUACGUUUGGUAUCGAGUCGCAGGGAUGGGACGGAAACAGCUGCACAUCUUGGUUGGGAGACACAGUCGAGCUGAAGUGCGAUAACCAGACUAGUGUACAACAAUUGAUCUUUUUGGACUCGGACACAGUAAAACAUUCAGGUACAAUACCACCUGAAAUGCAAUUGCUCUCCAAUCUGGAACACUUGGACUUGGGACAGAACGCCAUUCGCGGUCAUAUUCCAGAACAAAUUGGUUUUCUUGGAGCAUUAACCUACCUCGAUUUAUUCGAUUGUAGUCUUACUGGAGUCAUCCCUGACGGGCUUGGAUAUCUCUACAACUUAAAAUCUUUGUACUUGUCUGAGAACAAACUUUCUGGUCAAAUCCCAAAUUUUGGACAUCUGGAAAACCUUGAGGUCCUUUCCAUGUACAACAAUUCGUUAUCUGGGACUAUCCCAGCCGAGAUGGAAGCCAAUGUGAACCUCACUUGUUUUGCCCAAGGAAACUCCAUCACUGGUACAUCGAAAGUUUGUCAGCUGUAA